AUGUCUCAGGCUGAGUUUGACAAAGCUGCUGAGGAUGUUAAGCACCUCAAGACCAAGCCAGCAGAUGAUGAGAUGUUGUUCAUCUACAGCCACUACAAACAAGCAACUGUGGGUGACAUAAAUACAGAACAGCCUGGGCUGUUGGAUCUCAAAGGCAAGGCCAAGUGGGAUGCCUGGAAUCAUCUGAAAGGGACUUCCAAGGAAGACGCCAUGAAAGCUGUCAACAAAGUAGAAGAACUGAAGAAAAAAUAUGGAAUAUAA